UUUGGGGCGGGAGCGGGGGGGAGACCGGAGCCAACUUGUCCCGGAUCCCUUUAUUCGCCGCCGGAGCCGCCGUCUCUCCCAACCCCCGCGUGUAUUGCUGAUCGGAGGGACGGAGCUCGGUCCUGUGUCCGCCCCGCUCCUUCCUGCCCGCACCAUGGAGUUCGCCCAGAGGAAGAGGAGCAGGAAAUCUCAAAGCUUUAAACUGGUCAACGAAGAUUACCAUCAUGAGAUAUAUAAGAUCUCUGACUACAGCAGUGAUGUUAAUGGGGAGACCAAAGAAACACAACCAGCUUUUUUAGGAGAUGAAAGCCGGGAAAUUAAAAAACAAAUUACAGGGAUGAGAAGAUUACUGAAUGACAGCACUGGAAGAAUCUAUCAACGAGUUGGCAAAGAAGGAGAAAAACUGAAGGAAGAGCCCCAAGAUUUAGACUUAGCCUGGGCCCAGCGCCUGAAUCCCCCUGCGGAGUCCCAGGCGAGCCUUCAUCCGUCACAGAGCGGUGCAUGGAAUGAGUUAUCAUCCCAAGCCAGCCAUUUUUCAGGGCAAUACGGAACUCGAUCCAAAACGUUCCAAAAUCAGGCUCGAACUGUGGCAUCCAAUGGAGAAAUCCCAAUGGUGAAUUCGUCAGUUGGACCAAACUGCUGUACAUGUAAUUGCCAGUCAACCCUGCAGGCGAUUCUUCAAGAGCUCAAGACCAUGCGAAAGUUGAUGCAGAUUCAAGCAGUUGGGACUCAAAACAGACAGCAGCCUCCUGUUCCUCUGAUUUGUGCACAGAAGUCAACAAUAUCAAGAAAGAGAAAUAAAAAGAGAAAACUGCCCCUCAAAGCUGUUGAAGCAGUUACCAUGAAUAAGAGACCCAGCUCUCCAGAGAAUGAGAAGAGGCUGACAGCAAACUCGGAACAAUCGAGUCUGGAAGCAAUUGAACCCCCCCUGAAGCCAGAGACCCCUGUUUCAGGGUUUGGAAUUAUCCUUGAAUCAGCCUCAUCAGAUCCAGAAGUGCAACUUGCAGAAGGCUUUGACGUCUUCAUGCCGAAAUCUCAGCUGGACUCUAUACUAUCAAACUAUACUCGCUCAGGAAGUCUGCUCUUUAGGAAGCUGGUCUGUGCAUUUUUUGAUGACAAGACUUUGGCUAACUCUUUACCAAAUGGCAAAAGGAAAAGAGGGCUCAAUGACAACCGGAAAGGACUAGACCAAAAUAUUGUGGGUGCAAUAAAAGGUACAGAUUGCUAACUUAGGAGACAUAGGGCAAUAAGAAGAGCUUCUGUGAGUGCAUUGGCAGCAGAAGGAGGCAGGAUAAUCUUCUGCGGUCACCUCUGUGCCAACUUUUGGACCCCUCUUCCCAUGAAAGAAAGGCAUUGACAAAUUGGCUGGAGUCCAGUACAGGGACCACCAAGGCUUAUGACUUCACCACUUUCCUGCUUCAGUACCAAAUGAGGAGAGUCUGAGAAAACUGGAGAGAAAAUUAUUCAGGAGAAGCCUUACUGCUAUUCACAACGACCUAAUGGGAUGAUACAGAGAAGUGGAGUCAGACUCUUCCCAAUGGCAAAAGAAGCACUGAACAUGUGGAAAAUUGCUAAGGAGAAGCACUUUUGGCAUAAGGAUGGUUGAGCAGUGCAGUAGGGGCUCAGAGAGGCUGAAGGAUUUCCAUCCCUGGAAAUAUUCAAAAUGUGACUGGUCACAGGCCAGAGCAUUAUGAUCUAGUUGACCAUGCUUUGAGCAGCAGGCUGGGCAUGCAGGCCUUCAGAGGACCCUCUCAAGUGUGCACGUCUGCCACAAAGUGUAUGUUGUGCUUAUGUCAUAGCAGCUGACACAGUUACACUUGUAUUUACGUUUAAAUCACAAACAGUUCUGUACUUUCUUUUCUUGAGCUCAGUAAUCUGUAAAAAUCUGAGUCUGAAUUCUCUCUAUCUGUAUCUCAUUAUUCCUUA